UUACAAGGAGCGGAAGAGGAAGUUCGACCUUGUUAAAGAUGGCGACCCCCUAUGUGACUGAUGAAUCUGGGAAAUAUAUCGCCGCCACGCAGCGGCCGGACGGCACGUGGAGGAAACCGCGGCGGGUGAAGGAUGGAUAUGUUCCGCAGGAGGAGGUACCCGUCUAUGAAAACAAGUAUGUGAAGUUCUUUAAGAGUAAACCCGACUUGCCACCCGGCAUGAACCCGGAGGACGCGGCCAUCGCCCGACAGCAGCAGCAGGCUUUGAGUGGAACAGACGGGCAGAGUGUCACACCUGGAGUCUCAAAAACAGCAAAACGGAAUAUGAAGCGCAAAGAAAAACGCAAACAGCAGAGUCAGCACCAUCAGGAGGCCAGCGAGGAGGUCUUGAGUAAAGACAUGGAUAGAAUGAAUAUCUCGGCAGAGGAGAGGAGGGUCAGCUCCGACCCGGACCCCGAUCCUGGCAGCACAGAUCCGUCUGCAGCUGCUGCAGAGAAGCUCAAAAAGAUCAAGAAUCUGCGCAAGAAGCUGCGGCAGGUGGAGGAACUCCAGCAGAAGGUGGAUUCUGGAGAGCUGAAAAACCCAAGCAAGGAACAGCUGGACAAACUGGAGCGAGGCCAGGCAUUACAAGAGGAGCUUCAGAUCCUGGAACAAGAUUUGUGAACUGGGGGAGAUAUUUGUAGGCUCAGUGGUUCGGAAAACGUGUCAGUUUCCAUCAUGUCAGAGUGUAUUUCUGUAUCGAUCAGCAGCUAUCACCACUUUUCUACAUUCUUGUGUUCCGUACAUAAUGAACAUGUACUGUGGACUCAGAACCUUUGGGAGUGCAAAUGGUUUCCGCUCUUUCAUUAAAACCCAUCACAAUUUCACUCUC